AUGCUUCCCACUAUUGUCAACGCAAAUCUCGCUCGAGCCGCCCACCAGCUGUCUAAGAAACAAGCCAUCGUCAAGCGCCUCGACUCGGUUCAGAAUCUUGGGGCUAUGACAGUUCUGUGCAGCGACAAGACAGGAACCUUGACCAAGGACGAACUUACGCUUCAUCAGUAUACCAACAUCAACGACGAAGACACUAUGGAAGUCAUUGAGCUCACUAAAGUCGAUUCUCACAUUCAAGGCAACAGUGGAAACAACAUGGACAGAGCCAUCCUUAACUUCCAACCGCCAAACGGUGGUGAAGUCGCCGCAGCCCACUACGAUCAGGUUCGAGUCAUCCCUUUUGACUUUGACCACUGUCGAUCGGGCUGCAUUGUUCGAGGCAUCACAGGGGCUAAUCUUCUCAUCAUCAAAGUCGCAUUCGACGAGGUUCUUUCUCGAUGCUCAUCGAUGCGUUUUCGUGGAAAGACGUUAGAUCUCAAUCAUGAUCUUUUACCACAAUGGAGGAGAUUGGCCGCGAGAAAGAAUGAACAAGGCUAUCGGGUUCUUCUGGUUGCGACAAAGCCCCUUGAAGAAUCUUGUGUAAUCGAUGAUAAUGACCUCGACACGCUGGAGUCCGACAUGGUUCUGGAAGGAAUGAUCAGCUUCUCCGACCCACCUAAAGACGAUGCAAAAGACGCCAUUGCUAGUCUUACUGAACUGGGCGUCAGCGUCAAGGUCCUUACAGGCGACUCCCUUCCCGUGGCCCUCAACAUCUGCCGGUCUCCUGAACUAGUUCAGCGGCGAGAAAUGAUAGACGACGACGCCGAAGCCAUAUCUGGUCCCGAGCUCGCCCUACUGGAAGGCUCCCAAGAAUUCAACAUUGCCGUCGGGCGAUGCAGUGUUUUCGCUAAAGUAACUCCUAAGCAAAAGAGCCUCAUUGUUACCAGCCUCCAGAAAGCAGGUCAUUGUGUUGGUAUGCUGGGCGAUGGUAUCAACGACUGUACCGCGCUGAGAGAUGCUGAUAUUGGUAUCUCGGUUGAUUCGGGAGCCGGUGUGGCCAAAGAUUGCGCCGAUUUGAUCUUGACUGAGAAGGGAUUGUCCAUCAUCUUCCAAAGCGUUGUCUUGGGAAGAAUUACCCAUGGUAACACGAUGGUGGCAUCUUCCAACUUCGGCAACGUCUUCAGUAUUGUGGCGGCGAGCGCUUGGCUGCCCUUUACACCUAUGACCAGCAUUCAACUUCUUGCUCAGAACCUUCUCUACGAUAUCAGUCAAAUCGCCAUCCCUUGGGAUUGUGUCGACGACGAGUAUCUGCUCGAGCCGCGGCGAUGGAAUGCCCUGGAAAUUCUUCGCUUCGUUUUCAUUCUUGGUCCAACGAGCUCUGUUAUUGACAUUUGCACCUAUCUUCUUGGCUGGUUCUACUACGGCGUCCAGUCCGCCGACGACAAGGAAGCUGUCAACUUGUUUCAGACGCACUGGUUUCUUCAAGGACUUCUCACGCAGACUCUCAUUGUGCACUUGCUCCGAACCGCCAAGAUCCCCUUCGUUCAGAGCCGAGCCGCGCCGAUCUUGGUAUUCUCAACUGCAUCAAUCAUGGCCAUCGGUUUCGUACCCCCUUGGAUACCGGCGUUCCAAUCUGCCUUCAGCUUCGUCCAACCCGAGCCGUCCUUUGUUGGGUUUCUGAUGGCUGAGCUGCUGGUUUACGCUAUUGAGGUGCAGCUAGCCAAGAUGGUCUACAUCCGCAUCUUUGGUACGUGGCUAUGA